CGUGGGACCAUAAACACAUGUGAAUUUACGAGAAUAAAUUCAAGUUCAAACCGAUUAGCGAAAAAUAAAACUCAUAUAAAAUGAAAGUUUUAGACUGGAAAUGGUAUACGUUCAUCGCUUACCUUUUGACAACCGUCUGCGAUGGCUCCCCAUCUUCUUACCAAACUUCUGGUAAUACGAUAAAGGACUGCCUUUUUCCACCAGAAGUGGACUCUGCCUUUUGUGUGUCGCGGCCCGUCGGAAACUAUGAAUAUCCCUACGACUGCAGCGCCUACAUUUCGUGCACCGAGACAUGUGCUGAAUUGGAGAACUGCCCGCACGGAAAGCUCUUCAAUGAUCUUUUGCGUAUUUGCGAUACACCGGAAGCCGUUGAUUGCACGGAAUCGCCGUACCCAACCCCUCCGAGCUCCGAAGCAGAUCCGUGCGUUGGCCAACCAAACCGUACUCUCCUUUCGUCCGAGAGUGCGUGCAACCAGUUCAUCGUGUGUGUGGACGAGCAUGGGGAAGUGGACCAGUGCCCGGGCCAGAUGCUAUUCAAUCCAGCCCUUCGCAUCUGUGACUUUCCAAAUGAAGUCUUGUGUUACGCUGACCAAUCGACGACUACUGAGGGGCCAUUCAACGACUGUGUCGGUCAGAAGCAGGGAACAUGCUUUCCGUACCGGGAAAACUGCCAGCAGUAUUACUACUGCUUUGGCAACAACUCAUUCAUAGUCCUUCCCUGUCCUGUUGACAAUUGGUACAACCCGUACACUGGCCAUUGUGGGCCAGAGGUCCCAACAGAAGCUUGCCGCGAAGUGACAACAUCUACAACGCCCAUCACACUGCCUCCAACCACCCUAGACCAGAAGGACCUAUGUGCUGACCAGGAGCUGGGCGUCACAUUUUCUUUGGAAUCAGACUGCCAACAGUACGUUCUGUGUAUGGGCGGUGGUCAAUCCGCGAUCGCCAAGUGUCCAGUGAAUGCAUGGUUCGAUCCGAAUACUGGCGAUUGCGGACCAAAUGUAUCGCCCACAGCGUGCUGCGACUCAUUAACGACAAGCACAACCGCUCAAACUACCCAAAGCUGGGACGAUCUUUGCGCCGAUCAGAAGCUGGGCUACUCUUACCCACUAGUGACGAACUGCCAGCAGUAUAUCCUCUGCAUGGGGGACGGGAGCUACAGCAUAGCGAAUUGCAUUUACAACGCCUGGUAUGAUCCUCAAACGGGCAAUUGCGGCCCCGAGGUUUCACCUACAGCCUGCACGGAGCACGGAAUCGCUACUGAAUCAACUGCCAGUCAAUCCACCACUCCAUCCACCACAUAUUCUACUAGUUGGACCACCAUUCAGACUCAAGACACAACCUCGAGUCUGCCAAUUAAUGAAAUCUGCUCAGGCCAGAGCGACGGUCAUUACGCUUCCUAUCCCGAAGAUUGCAGCAAAUACAUAGUAUGUGCUAGCCCGGUUCCUAUUGCCUUUUACUGCACGGACGGAUACUACUUCAACGAGGCACUGCAGCAAUGCGUCGAGUGGCAGCUGAGUGACUGCCCAAAAAGAGAGACGACAACUUUAUCGCCCAGCCAUACCACACCAACCCCAAGUCCGACGGUGUGCCUCAACAAACCGGGCCACACCUUGCCGUUUCCAGAUAAUUGCCAGUGGUUUAUACGCUGCGUGAACGAUGUCGUUUAUAUGAUGGGCGUGUGUGGAAGUGGGGAGUUUUUCGACCCAUUCGCAGGACAUUGUGGUCCCGAUGUAUCCCCGGAUGCCUGUCAAUGGGACUACGACUCAACUACAUCAGUUCCAGCUACAACCGGCUACCCAACGACUCUCAGUACCCCAAGUACCCCGACUACAGAAGCUACAGAUCCCUGCGAGGGAAUGCCUAAUGGUAAACUUGUUCCCUAUCCCACCGACUGCAGCAAGUUCAUACAAUGCGUCCGACCUUCACCCAUCGUCUAUGACUGUGAAGACGGGCAAGAGUUCAGUGCAUCGCUCGAACGGUGCAUGGCUCCGUGGUUUGCGAAUUGUUCGAUCCCAGCUACAACCACACCGCUUCCCUCUAGCACCACAACUGUUGGGACUCCAGCACAGGGUAGCUUAUGCGCAGAUCAACCCGAAGGCUCCCUGGUUUCCUAUCCCGGAAAUUGCAGCAAGUACAUAGUUUGCCAAGAUCCCAUUCCAGUGGGCUAUGCGUGUGCAGAUGGGGAAGAGUUAAGUCCCACCAAUCUAGCCUGCAUGGAAUCCCAGCUGGCCUGUUGCAGCCCCCAUGCAUUGGCCAAUACUAAUCAAAUCCCAAAGAGCUUGAUCUGGCAGUCCCUUAAGGCAAUUGCAAGAUACAUUUGGUAAUCUUGAUGAAAUAUUUAAUGUGCAUUUAUUGAAUAUGCAAAAUAAAACGGGUUUUCGA